AUGCUAUCGCUUAUAAUUCUAACAGCUUUAUCAAUAAUAGCUUAUGUUUUUACUGAUGAAUUAAUACCAAAACUAAGUGAAUUAUUUAUCAAAGCGGGCAUUUAUGGCAUAGAUUUGUGUAAAACUAGUAAAGAAAAGAUUCCAGAAGCUGUCGGUGUUGUAUCGGGAUGUGUAUUUUUAGUUACGAGUUUUCUUUUUAUACCAAUAGUUUUUGGAAGCAGUCUUAUGAAUAGAGAGCAUUUCCCCCAUAACGAAUUUGCAGAAUUACUGGCUGCAUUGUUAUCUAUAUGUUGCAUGCUACUCUUGGGAUUUGCUGAUGAUGUUUUGGAUUUAAGAUGGAGAUACAAAUUGAUUUUGCCGACUAUAGCUUCAUUGCCUCUCCUUGUAGUUUAUUACGUAAAUUUUAACUCUACUACAUUUAUAGUUCCUAUACCACUGAGACAAUUUUUAGGAGCAUCUGUAAAUAUUGGUUUCCUCUAUUACAUAUACAUGGGAAUGUUAGCAGUUUUUUGUACAAAUGCCAUAAACAUUUUAGCUGGUAUAAAUGGCCUGGAAGUAGGUCAGUCAGUGAUAAUAGCUAUAUCUAUCAUAGUUUUUGAUGUCAUAGAACUGAGAGGAGACCAGUAUAAAGCUCACUGUUUUUCACUUCACAUCAUGAUACCAUACUUAGCAACAACUUUAGCAUUAUUAAAACAUAAUUGGUAUCCGUCCAAAGUGUUUGUUGGCGACACAUUCUGCUAUGUAUCUGGCAUGACGUUCGCAGUAGUUGGUAUUCUUAGUCACUUCAGUAAAACUGUGCUAUUGUUUUUUAUUCCACAAAUAAUUAACUUCGUAUAUUCAGUUCCUCAGUUGUUUCACAUAAUUCCCUGUCCAAGACAUAGAUUACCUAAAUACAGUGCGGAAACUGAUUUACUUCAAGCAAGUAGAACAUUAAUAGUUAAGAAAGAUUUAAACUUCCUUAGUAAUUUAAUUAUAGGCAUAUUAAGUAACUUAAGUCUAAUUGAAAAAACAGAAGAUGAUGUUAGUAUAACAAUAAAUAAUAUGACGUUAAUAAAUCUUUUUUUAAUAAAGUUGGGUCCGACAACGGAAGUAAGACUAACAAUCUUCUUAAUGUUAUUUCAAAUACUUUGCACGUGCAUUGCGUUUUUGAUUAGGUACCCAAUGGCAUCAUAUUUUUAUGAUACCAAAAUAUAA